GCUGGGUCAUGUGAAGGGCAGCAGCGGAGGAGGUUCACGGAGAGUUCAGCCGCAUACAUUAGGUAAUACCACCGCACGCCGUGACAUAACUAGUGCGAAGCAGGUUAGGCUGAGACAUUUAUCAAUAAAAAAAAAGUCAAGAUAAGAUUAGAAAGUCGUUUAGAAAACUUUGUUAUGCAAAACAACCCGCAGACCUGGAUGCGUGGAAGCGGCCGGAGCUCAGAGCGCAGGCUGCGCGCCAAUACGCACAGUUUAUGAGCGACGGUGGAGGAAAUUAAAGGUCUGUUCCGGCGCACACACGCCCCUCAUAGUGUGAUGCUUUUGCUGCCUGCUCUGCUGUUAAACGACCGGUUGUAAACCACAAACCUGGCAAAAGCGGACUGAAAGCCGUCACCAUCAGGAGGGACUCGGUUGUUGUUGUUUUUUUUAUUUUCUUUCCAUGCGGAGAGCAUCUUCUCCAGCUGGACUCCUCCAUCGAGGCCAUGUUUGACUUCAUGGAAUUUCAGGUUUUUGGUCCAGGAGAAAUCAUUGACUUCUACUCGACUUCCAGCCCUGGCUGCGCGCUGCAGGAUCUGGACCAGGACCAGGACCAGGACCACGAUUUGGCAGCUUUCUUCCCGGAGCUGAUCGAGUCGGACUGGCCGGAGCAUCGUUGCUCGCAAUCAGUGGAAAGCCAGAGCUCAAGCUCCAGCUCCAGCUUGGACGACCUGUUUACCAGCGCCCCCUCCCCACCUCCACCUCCACGCACAUACAAGCCCUGCUUUGUGUGUCAGGAUAAGUCCUCAGGCUACCACUAUGGAGUCAGCGCCUGUGAGGGCUGCAAGGGUUUCUUCCGCCGCAGCGUGCAGAAAAACAUGGUCUACACCUGUCACCGUGACAGAAACUGCAUCAUCAACAAGAUCACCAGGAACCGCUGUCAGUACUGCCGCCUGCAGAAGUGCUUUGCUGUGGGAAUGUCCAAAGAGUCGGUGAGAAACGACAGAAACAGGCGAAAGGGAAAGAAGGAAGCGGUGAAGAUGACCAUCAUGGAGACGUACGAGCUGACGGCAGAGCUUGGCCUGAUCGUGGAGAAGAUCUGCAGGGCUCAUAGAGAGACCUUCCCUUCCCUGUGCCAGCUGGGAAAAUACACCACAAAUUCCAGUCCGGACCACCGGAUUCAGCUGGACCUCGGUCUGUGGGACAAGUUCAGCGAGCUUGCCACAAAGUGCAUCAUCAAGGUGGUGGAGUUUGCCAAGAGAGUCCCGGGCUUCACGGGCCUGACCAUCGCGGACCAGAUCACUCUGCUCAAAGCCGCCUGCCUUGACAUCCUGAUCCUUAGGAUUUGCACUCGCUACACUCCCGAUCAGGACACCAUGACCUUCUCCGACGGACUGACUCUGACCCGCACUCAAAUCCACAACGCAGGGUUCGGACCGCUGACAGAUCAGGUUUUCACCUUUGCUGGACAGCUGCUGCCUCUGGAGAUGGACGAGACGGAAAGCGGGCUCCUCAGUGCAAUCUGCCUCGUCUCCGGAGAUCGGCAGGACCUGGAGGAGCCGUCUAAGGUGGAGGUGCUCCAGGAGCCACUAUUGGAGGCGCUGAAGAUCUACUCGCGGAAGCGCCGGCCCAGUAUGCCCCUCAUGUUCCCCAAAGCCCUGAUGAAGAUCACUGACCUGCGCAGCAUCAGUGCUAAAGGAGCUGAGCGGGUGGUGACGCUGAAGAUGGAGAUCCCAGGCUCCAUGCCUCCUUUGAUCGAGGAGAUGAUGGAGGACCUUCAGAACCUGGAGACCAGCCAGGACGCUCACUCUCAGCGCACAAACUACUCUAACCUCCCAGUCUGAAGACGCCCGGAGCACUUUUCUUCCUUCCGAGAGAGAUUACUAACGAUGUAAAAGUGCAGAUGCAGUUGGGGGGCGGUCACUAGUCUCUUACCUCUGUAAAUGUCCGGAAAUAUGUGAGAAAUUAGCUCUGCAGACGUGACAAGUGAGAGUCCGCCGUCACGUUAACAACAUGCUAGCGUCUGUGAGAUGAAAUCCUGCUUCGAUGGAAGAAAAAAAAAAAAAGAAUAGAAUGAUGCAGUAAUAUUUUAGUGUCUCUUUUUGUUUUCCUGCAACGUUGUCGCAGGCACCUCAUAACCACUGAGAACCACUCUCAGCUUUUGUUUACCAUGUCUGGUUCUUACAGUAUUUAUGUUUGCAUGAGUCAUUAAUUUUUUUUACCUCAUUGAAUAACGGCGUCAGUAUUAGUUUAGAAAGAGAAGGCACAUGUGGAAAAGACCUGUUAAACCUUUUUAAUGUGAUCUCUUAAAAACCCGUUGACCGCGGCAGUGAAGAGGUGUUACAUUGGGAAGCGAGCAAAGGGAAAUGGAGAAGAAAUGAGAAAAAAAAAAUGGUCCAACAUUUAAUUGUGCAGAGUUGCUUUUCACGUUGCUUCCAAAUUAAUGGAGGCGACUUAGUAGAGGGAUGAGGAAAUUUGAGUGGACAUAAAACGUGUACAUAGCCUUGUUUAACUGCCAAGUUUUUGUGACGUAAGGAACAGGAUCAUGAUAAAUCAUUGCGAAACUUUGAAACGUUUUAGACCCAAAAGGUGCAAUAACCUGGUUGCCUGUGUGUGCACGCUCCCACAUCGCCGUCACCAGUUUGGCUUGACGAUAUUUGCCCAGUCUGCCUUGCUGAACAUCUCCAAGAUUGUGAGGAAAGCUCUUCGGGUGAUCACACAGACUUUCUGUCAGAUUUAGCUCUGGACUCCCAACUACACAAUUACAAAACUGAGAUUAUCUAGUUGGAUGUAUGCUCGGACUCACUGUAAGGCUGAAACCCGUCUUUAUCUUCUGCCUUCUAACGCCUGGUGGGUUUGGGUUUAACCGACUGGUGUUCACAAUUUUCUUUUAACUUGACAAAAAAAA